AUUUAAAAGUAAACUUGUAGCGAAAAUAAAAACGCACAGGUCUCAGCUGGAGGACAGUGCCCCCGCAGAGCCCCCCUCCCAUCUGUGAAGUAGCUAUACAAGUUCUCCUCGCGGUUUCCGCGCAUCAGUCCGCUGCGUUCGGCGCUGAGCGCGGCAGCUCCUCUCUGACAGCACAUGCACUGAUCACAAAGGGCUUCGGAUUAGGACUGAACGAAGACGUUUGACUUUUGGGACUGAAUGCGUACACGGUUCAUCUUCAGGCUCCUUUGGUUAAUCGUGAUGCCCACAGUGAAUGACAUUUCGUUUGGAGACAGAGAUCUCUGAGGAAAUUAAUUGUCCUAUAUUGUGUUGUAUGUGAUGUGUUUCACGUGUCUGCGCACCACAGUGAGGUAGUUUGACUGACACGUGUUCCCAUGGACCGUUAAAUGCCCGGGAUCCGGCUUUGGGUGAUUUGUACGGUGGAUGCGGCGGAAAGAAAGCCCGUUCUGUGAUCACCGGGAGCGAGGACAACAUGAAGUCUCUCAGAAAGUGGAAUUUCGCCCGGACCAUUUGGAUUAUUUACCCAGAGAUGAUUCUUUUUCCAGUUCUUUGGUUUUUAUCUCAAACUCGGGCGGCCCCGUCUAUAACAGCCGAGCAGAUGGAUAUGGGGGUGGACUGGUUGAGCAAGUUUGGCUAUCUCCCUCCCCCUGAUCCUGUGAAUGGACAGCUACAGACUAAAGAGGCUUUGACGAGGGCCAUCAAAGCCAUGCAGAGGUUCGGAGGCCUGAAAGAAACUGGAGUGCUAGACCAAGCAACCUUGGGCUUAAUGAAGACCCCUCGUUGCUCACUGCCAGAUGUGUCAGAGCCGGAUAUAUCGGCAGGCAGACGAAGGCGUGCGCUAGCUACUCAGAAUAAGUGGAACAAGAGGCAUCUUUCCUGGAGGGUAAGGACGUUUCCAAAGGAGUCAGCUUUGCUGGGCCGGGACAUGGUGCGGGCACUUAUGUACUAUGCACUGAAAGUGUGGAGUGACAUUGCUCCUCUCAACUUCCAUGAGGUGGCGGGGAAUGAGGCAGACAUUCAGAUUGAUUUCACCAAAGCGGAUCAUAAUGAUGGAUACCCUUUCGACGGCCCCGGUGGCACAGUAGCCCACGCAUUCUUUCCUGGAGAACGAUUCACAGCGGGCGACACGCACUUUGAUGAUGAUGAAGCCUGGACCUUCAGAUCGCCAGAUUCUCAUGGAAUGGACCUUUUCGCAGUGGCGGUGCAUGAGUUUGGGCAUGCCAUAGGGCUCGCACACACCUCUGCCAUUGAGUCCAUCAUGCGCCCUUACUAUCAGGGGCCAGUGGGCGACCCGCUCAAGUACAACCUCCCGUACGAAGACAAGAUUCGCGUCUGGCAGCUUUACGGUGUUCGAGAGUCCGUAUCGCACACAAUGCAGCCAGAUGACCCCUCUCAAACCGCCGAACCUCCCGUCCUGCUUGACCUCCCUGAAAACAGAUCCAUGAUACCAUCUGCCCCUGAUGCCCCUGACAGAUGCACAAGCCACUUUGAUGCUGUAGCCCAAAUUCGAGGGGAGGCCUUCUUCUUCAAAGGGAAGUAUUUUUGGCGUCUGACACGUGAGAAGCACCUGGUGUCAUUGAGGCCGGCUCAGAUCCAUCGCUUCUGGAGGGGUUUGCCUGCCAACCUGGACAGCGUGGAUGCUGUAUACGAGAGACCUGGAGACCAUAAGAUAGUGUUCUUUAAAGGUGGGAAAUAUUGGGUGUUCAAGGACAAUAAUGUUGAAGAGGGCUACCCACGGUCUGUCACGGACUUCGGACUGCCUGCGGAGGGAGUGGAUGCUGUAUUUGUUUGGCUGCACAAUGAGAAGACCUACUUCUUCAAGGACAGCCGUUACUGGCGCUAUGAUGACCAUCUGCGGUGCAUGGACCUCGGCUACCCAAAAGACACGGCGCUGUGGAAAGGGAUCCCAUCUCAACUAGAUGACGCCAUGCGGUGGUCUGACAGAGCAUCAUAUUUCUUCAAGGGAAAGGAGUACUGGCGUGUGGCGGGCAGCGAUAUGGAGGUUGAAGCAGGUUAUCCGCGUCCCAUCGGCAAGGACUGGCUGGUGUGCACAGAAAUGCAGUCGGACUCCCCGGAGAUGCAGAACAACUCAAACACAAGGCUACAUGGCCAGCACCACGCAGACCAUGCAGAAAAUGGCUAUGAGGUUUGUUCCUGCACUUCGGACUCAGCCUCCCCGUUGGGGACGCGACUGACCCUCUCGCCCGUCUGGGUGUUAGCACCACUCUGGACGCUUACACUCGCUCUCUCCUCUGCUCCUCUAUGAUAAGGGCAGAGCCACAGGCCUGUACUCAAAAAGACUCCAGGAGCAGAAAAUACAGCAGCCUGUGGGUAAAGAGAGCACUGAGAGGCUCUGAAAAAGCCUUUCACCAGCGCUGGACUGAUGGAAAGGCCUCAGCACUUCAAUCAAGAAAGGGAGUGGAUCACUUUUUUUUUUGGUUGAUACUUUUUGUUACUAUUUUUAUUAUUAUUAUUAUUAUUAUUAUUAUAAUUAUUAUUAUUAUUAGUGGUGCUUGCUAUUGCUUACCUGAACAAAGGUUGAAAAAAUGAAAAAUUGCUGAAGAUUGACCGUCAGGCUGUUCAAGAUGUAAAUAAGUGUGUUUCUUUAUCAGAACAGAUUUGAAGAAAUUUAGCAUUACAUCACACCAUUGGAUCCUCUGCAGUGCCGUCAGAAUGAGUCUCCAAACAGCUAAUAAAAACAUGAUGAUAACCCACAAUUAAUCCACACUAAACCAUUCCAAUCUUGUGAAGUGAAAAUCUGCAUGUUUGUAAGAAACAAAAACAUUAAUUGAUGAACUGGAGUUGUGUGGAAUGCAGAUUAUUGUGAUGUGUUUGUCAACUGUUUGGUCUCUCAUUCUGA